AUAGUAGUCACUAGGACCUGUUCUCUUCUGUCCAGUUUCCCUGGAGAAAACUAAGAAAAGUAAUACUAGGCCUAAACUAGAGGGCGUAGUCCUAAUCGGCAGCAGCAUCACUUAUACUUUAGAAAAUAUAAUAUAAAAAUAAUAUAAAUUUAAUAAAAUAAGAUAUACAAUAAGAUAGAUGAGAAUAAAAAUUGACAACUUUUGAGUCUUGAGAAAUGCUACAUUUUAUUCACAGUAAUCUGGUAUAAUUGUUACAGAUGUAUUAGUAAAAUAUCAGCAUUUAUAAAUUAUAGAAAAUUUUCUUUAAAAAAAAUUUGGUACAUGAUCGAAUACUAUAAAACAGUGCCAAUAUUUUUAAAUUUUAAAUUUAUCUUGAAUCUCGCAUUUUAAAUUGCAUUGCUGAUCAAUCAAAACCUCAGGAAUAAAAACCUACAUUGACGAAAAAGAAAAUGGCAGAUAGCAACUCACAGUUACGCGAAAUAGGUUAUCCUUAUAAAAUUGUUGAUCACACAAGAGAACGUAAAAAAGGCAUUACAGCUCGGUCACUAGAAGAUCUAGUCAAUACCGCACGAGCACGUUUUUCGAUUCCAAAGGAAGCCAAUCUGACAGUCGUUUUGGAGCAAGAUGGAACAGAAAUCGACGAUGAAGAAUAUUUUGCAACAAUAGAGAAAAAUACCAAUUUGAUGAUUUUAUAUGGAAGACAAAAGUGGAUUGCACCAAAAACUGAGAAGUCAGUUCCACAUUUGAUUGUUGUAGAUGACACUGAUUAUAGCGGCAAAAGUCAAAACGUUAACACAGGAAAAAAUUUCAAAAGUAGUCAAAUCCAAGUAGGGUCAUUAGUGACGUCUUUACAAAAUGAACCAUCGCAAAUGUCUCUUUUGUCAGGGACUGACUUAGAAAUGUUAAGUGAUAUGGAUCCAGACAGUGUGGCAGACAUGAUUUCUGAUAGAUCGUUGAAAUACCAAUACGUACGCUGCGCAGAUUAAUCGAACGAAAUGCUGAGGAAAGAGAAGACCCUCAUGACGAAAUACGGCAACAUUUAAUUCAUGUAGAGGAAAUGAGAUCAUUUAUUGAGCAAUUAAAACAAGCAUCAGGUCGAUUUCUGGCAGAAAAACGGCAAGCGCAAGAAUCUAUGUCCCUUCUUCAAUUGUAU